AUGUCAAUCAAUUUCAUUUCCUUACCAAAAAUAUAUUCAAAACAUUAUUUACAAAUUAAUUUCCAACAUUUCCAACAAAAAGCUAAUUAUGGGGCACCUCGUUUUAAACCGAAAAUUUUGAAGACAAAACCUUUAAGAACUCCAUCAAUGCUUGCUCUAGACAAUUUUGAUUUUUAUUACGGGCCUUUAUUUUCAAAUAAAUGGCCGUCAAUCCGUUUAGGUUUGUUAAUGCCCAAUAAAUUUGCUGCUGUUGUUAAUAAAAAUAUUAUGGAAAGUCUUGGAACAAUUAAUUUAAUUAAACAAAUCGUCAAUAAUAGAGACCCGCCUAAAGAAGUUGAAAUAAUUAGAAAAAGAUUUGAUUCACAACUUUCUAAAUUACAAGAAAAUAAAACAAAUUUGAUUUCUUCAAAUUCUUCAAAUCCAAUUGAUUACGAUGUUGAAAGCCGUUUAGAGUCGGGAAUGGAGUUUUAUCUUCCCCCAACUCACGAAUUAAAACAUGGAGAAUUGGAACCUUCAGAUAAGGAAAUGGAGUUAAUUGAAGGGUCUGAGCCAAAUAUUAGAAGAAUUAUUUAUGAUAGCAAAUUCAAAGUCACAGGUUUAGAGUCAAUAGAUGCCGAUCCAUUAAUUACUGUCGAUGAUUCUUUAAUUUAUCCACGUGAUCUUCAAGUAUUUAUACACCCUCCACAAUGUAUUGAUGGAUUUCCUGGCCCAAUUAGAGAUGAACAAAAUGUUUCAGGCUGGUGGCUCUUGGAUGGGGGAUCAAUUCUUCCAGUACUUGCUCUAGAUUUAAACGAGGAUGAUAUAGUUUUGGAUAUGUGUGCAUCUCCUGGUGGAAAAAGUUUGUUAAUUACCCAAACUGGAAAAUUUGCUUCUCUUGUUUGUAAUGACAAUAAAUUAUCGAGACUUGGCCAACUUAGAAGAGCUUUGGCAAUGUAUAUCCCAGCUGGGAGUGAGGCAGCAUCUCGAAUUAUUUUGAAAAGAAAAGACGUUUCUAGUGUUGAAUCUUGGGAUGAAUGUGGAAUAUAUGAUAAAGUGCUUUUGGACGCUCCUUGUACUUCUGAUCGGUUAUCAGCCAAUCAGGAUGAUAAUAACAUUUUUGCAACAGACAAAACUACGGAACGACUAGAUUUGCCACAAAAACAAACAAAAAUGUUAAUUAAUGCCCUUCGUUCAGUCCGUGUUGGAGGUUCAGUAGUUUAUUCUACAUGUACAUUAGCACCAACCCAAAAUGAAUUAGUAGUUGAGAAUGCAGUUGUUUUUGCUCAACAACAUUAUGGAAUUAAAUUUGUAGAACGCUCAUUAAAAAGAAUGGAAAAACUUUUAAAAAGAACGGGCCUUUACAGAUUUAGUGAUCAACAACAAAGAGGAAGUCUUGUUUUGCCUUAUAUUGUUUCUAAUUUUGGACCUAUGUUUAUUUGCAAAUUACAAAGAAUUGUUUAA